AGUAAUACAACUCAACGGCAAAAUUGAAGAAAACAAUAUGAAAUUUCGCAUGUAACAUUAAAUUCAAAAGCCUAUUGACAUGGAAAUUAAUUGAAUUUUGAAAACAUUGAGAAGACGAACGACUCUUUAAAAAAGAGAAGCAAACAUUGAUUCAUUGAUCUUAUAUAUAGCUCAUCUGUAAUCGCGUGAAACAUAACGCGCGCUGAGUGGGUGUAUGCGAUUAAAAUCUCUGUCACGUAUGCGAAGCCGCAAACGACGAAAGUAUGUCAACAAUAUAUGUUAUCGGUGGAGAUAUCGAAAAGAUAGUAAAUUGUGCUACGGAUAAUGCAAUUUGAUAUAUAGUUCCUAUAGUGGUACCUUCCAUUAAAAUCUCACUUCAAAACAAGAUGCACUUCUCGAUACCGGAUACUCAGGAAUUUAUGGAUGAAGGUGGGAAUGCAUAUGUUGGAUACAAUAUUCAUAUCAAUGGAUUAUUUCAUUGUACGGUGAGGUACAAACAGCUGCACAAUUUGCACGAGCAAUUGUCUAAGGAUCUGGACAUAUCAUUGCCAAUAUUUCCACCGAAGAAGUUCUUCCCCUUGACUGUCAAUCAGCAAGAAGAACGACGAUUAGCUCUGGAGAAAUAUAUUCAGUCAAUUGGUCAGAAUGUAGCCAUAAACAAUUCUGAGAUAUUAAAUGGAUUUUUAUUAAGCGCUCAACAAGAAACUAUAGGUGGUCCAUCCAAGAACGAGAUUUUAGACAUAUUUCUUAUGAAUGGAUCCAAGAUUUCGUUAAACAUUUCCACAGGAGAACAUUCUGGUCAAAUCUUAAAGGCAUUGUGUAAACAUAUAGAGUUAAUAGAUAAAUAUCAUUCUCAUUUUGCGUUAUUUAUUAUUAUACAAGAAGACAAUAGCAAUAUCAGAAUACUGCGCAAAUUACAAGAUUUUGAGUCGCCGUUUAUAACAUACAAAAAUAUGCAUCCUAUGGGUACAAAGGUCGUUCUCAGGAAGAGUUACUGGGACACAACGUACGACAUCGAGUUACUGAGUGACCCGAUAGCUCUGAAUUUGUUAUACAUUCAAACGGCCGCGGAGAUACGCAGUGGUUGGAUCCCGGUCGCCAAGGAACAGCAACAACACCUGGAGGGUCUGCAGAAGUCCGGGAACAAGGAGGAAUAUUUGAGUGUAGCUCGUACUUUAAAAUAUUAUGGCUACAUACAAUUUGCACCAUGCUUUUGCGAUUAUCCUCAACAUGGUUCGAGAGUAUUGCUUGCUAUAGGUAGAAACGAAUUGAAUUUACGCAUUUUGUCGUCCGAGGAAGGGCACGAGGUCGUGUUUAAGGUAUCGCGAAUGCGAUGUUGGCGCAUCACCACUAUGCAGAGCGGGAUGGAGCAUUGCGAAGAUAAUAACGAUUGCACUUUGGAGUUAUCUUUCGAGUACCUGGUCGCCAGGAACGAAUUACAGUGGAUCACGAUCGCUUCAGAGCAGGCGAUCUUAAUGUCCGUUUGUCUGCAAGCCAUGAUCGACGAGCUGCUGCAGAAAUGCGUGACGGUACCCGAGAAGUCGUGGACGUACAUUAUGAGGGAUGGCCAGAGUCGCAUCACCAUGGGCUCGCCAUCGCGAGAACGUGCCAAUAACGGUCAUUCGACCAAGCCGGGGCCAAUUAUAAAGAAGCUCGCUAAUAAAUUGUCAGCCGUGAAGUUAAAGAAGUCGAACGACAGCUCGCCGACGGUAGUCAGGAGGACUCUGGAAACGCACACGACGGACCUCGAUAUCAUGGAGAAUAACGCCUUCCGUAUGAUAGGUGAUGACGAUUUAUAGGCUAUGCGACCUAUCGAUGGUUCUUCGAAUGGAAUCUUGGAGGUUGACGAGCACAGUGAUAUAGAGUAACGGAAGAGUACGCCUUAUCUGACUAAUUUUAAGAAGAUAUAUAUAUUUUGAGAAGUCUAUUGCGAGAAAGAGAGAGAGAGAGAGAGAGAGAAACAUUGAAACAGCUCCUGACUCACACAGUCGAUAACAGUUAACUAUCCAGACUUUUCAAUUGAUUGUUGAAUGUUGUUAUAUAUUUUUUGUAUCGCUAUGUGGUUAAACUGCAUUUAUACAUUUAUAUACUGAUAACUUAACACAUGUAAAAUUCUCUAUAUCUUUAUACAUACCUGUCCAAUCAUGACGAUAAUUUAACGUGUAUUUUGAAAAUAAAGUCUCGCCGAAAUGUCUCGAGUCAGUAAGCUUAGGUUGCAAAUGUAAUGCUGUGUGUAAGGUACUUACUCUCUCUGAUAAGAUUAAUGUAUUACAAUGGUAUAUCGACUAAUCUGGAAGGAUCUGAAAGAACGCACAAUGUUUGCAUAAUGUUUUAUUAUUGUUAAACAAAAUGAUCAAAAAGGCAGCACGUUAAUAUUUGCUCUCGUAAUUAUCUUAAACAGAACUAUCAAUAUAUUUCGCUUUAAUGUUAAAUAGCAAUCAUCCUAUAUGUUUGUGUUACGUGUGUGUCCUAUCAGACUAUUGCUUUCGCUAAAUCAUUCACUCGGAAAACAUACUUCUGCCUUCAGUCUCUAUAUUUCAGCCAAACACUGUAAUAGAUCGUACAAUACACAAUAAAAAUUAUAAAUGUCGUAAAAGGAGGAUCAUGAUUAAAUACGAAAUACAAAGCCAUACUUCAAAGUGAAAAAAUAAAAACGGAUAUAUCAUAUAUGUCGCUCUAUGUGAAAUACGUAAUUAUAAGUUCUCGCAUGAAAAAAAAAAAAA